AUGCAAAUGGCUAUGGAGAACUUGCAGAUCGCACAACAUCGUAACACGUUGAGAUAUGCUUACAAGCGAGUUGAUAGCUACAAGCCAAAGGUGCGGCAGUUUGAAAUUGAUGACUUUGUUUAUCUUCAAAGGCAGCCCAAUGAUACCUCGGACACUUCUACUAGUCGCACCCUUCUACUAUGUAAGGGGAUAGAUGAUGUUGAUCUAAUGCUAUUGUGCAACAAUUGCAAUGCAAUAUGUUUUAACUUACACCGGAGCUCACACAAGUUAUGUUAG